AUGUACGAAAAGGGUGAGCGAGUUACCCUAAACUCGAUCCUGAUGAAGGUGACAAGUGAGCUGGACUUAACCUUCAGUCGCAGCUCCCUGCGCAAGAUCCUCCUCCAGAACGGCUUCCGUUACAGGAAGGUAAACAACAGGAAGCUGCUGAUGGAGCGCCCGUACGUGCGGGCUGCAAGAGCCCGCUACCUCAGAGAAAUGCGCAGGAUCCGCAAUACUGAGCCCGACCGAGCAGUCAUCUAUCUCGAUGAAACGUGGUUCAGUCAGUUUGAUUUUGAUCAAAAAGGCUGGCUGGAUGAUCGCGAGUUUUGUGGCAGAAGAAGUGUUGUUGGCAAAGGCAAGCGUCUGAUCAUUGUCCAUGCUGGAUCCAGAGAUGGAUUUGUCGGUGAUGCCUUGCUUACCACCUGGACCGACGGCAAGAGCACCGACUACCACGACUCGAUGAAUGCGCAACAUUUCGAGGAAUGGUUCUCCAGCCUACUCCAGAACAUCCCGGCUAACAGCGUUAUCGUCAUGGACAACGCCAGCUACCACAGCCGGAUUAAAAACAAGACCCCGACGACCAGUAACAAGAAAGGGGAGAUCCAGGCAUGGCUGGAAGAAAAUGGCAUUUCAUAUGCCGACGACAUGCUCAAAGUGGAGCUUCUGGAGCUGGUUCACAAGCACGCUCCCCCAAAAACGUACUAUGUGGAUGAACUGGCAAAAGAAAAAGGACACACAGUGGUCAGGCUGGCACCCUACAGUUGCGACCUGAACCCGAUCGAAAUGAUAUGGGCUCAACUGAAAACGUAUGUGAGACAACGCAACAGAAGCGGAAGCAUGGGAGCCAUCAAGCUGCUUGUGGAAGAGGCGGUGGCCCACAUCCCACCCUCGGCAUGGGCUAAGUGCUGCGAUCACGUGGAAGUGCUCGAAGAGCGCUACUGGCAGCACGAGAACGUGGCCGAAGAGGUGGAGCGCGUCGUCGUUACCCUGGGAAGCAGUGAUAGUGAAGACGAAGACACAGAAGACGAGUAG